UGUAUCAUCAAUUAACAACACUCUUACAAAUAAUUAAGAUUAAUCAACUCAGAAGGUAUGCACAGAAAGCCGGGAUUAGUGUACUCGUCCGAUUCUGAUGACAACGGUGAAAUCCGCAGUGCAAAGUUAUUCGGACGUGAAAGGCCGAUUCAUCAUGUUCUUGGAGGCGGAAAAGUUGCGGAUGUGUUGUUGUGGAGGAACCGAAAUGUAUCAGCUGCGCUUUUGAUUGCCAUGACGGUAAUCUGGUUUCUUUUCGAGGUUGCCGAGUACAAUUUCAUGACGCUCUUCUGUCACAUCUCGAUUUCCACAUUGAUGGUAAUCUUCAUAUGGCGUACGGCUGCAGAAAUAUUCGGAUUUCGGCCGCCUAUGAUACCACAAAUGAUAUUACAUGAAAACACAUUCAAACAAGUAGCUUCCACUGUCCAUAAAAGAUUAAACCACUUCAUAUCAAGGGUCCUUGACAGUGCAAGUGGAGGAGACUUCCCAUUCUUCUUCUUGACAAUCAUCUGUCUCUAUAUUUUGUCUCUGAUCGGAACCUACUUCAGCUCUCUGAAUCUUCUUUACUUGGGGUUCAUCUGCUUGGAAACGCUACCAUUCCUCUACGAGCGAUUUGAGGAAGACGUUGAUCGUUUAGCCGGAAAAAUCAGCAGAGAGAUAAAGAGAUCGUACAGAAAAUUUGUUUCUCAGUUUCUCAACCAAAUUCCUAGAGGUCCAGUGAAAGACAAGAAAAUCAGAUGAAACUUUCCAUGGACUAUUUAUACCAUGGAACACAUGUAUCACUCACCGUGUGAAGAUUUGUGUAAAUAAAACACAUUUUAUAUAUAUAUAUAUAUGACUGUAUAAUAUAUGUAUGUGUGUGUGUGUGUGUAUAUAAGUAUAUCACUACAUUGAUUCCAUUUGAUUA